AUGCAGGCUCCAGCUCAAGAGAUGGUGAACAUGCGUAAGGAGACGCCAAUGGACGUGAUGCCGGAAUCUCUGGCUCAAGAGACCGUCAAAGAAGCCAUCGCUAUGGAAGUUCCGAUCCAACACGGUACUCCUAUUUAUUUUAUUUGCUAAUAAUAGAAGUUCCGAUUCAACACGGUACUACAUUUUUUUUGCUAAUUACAACACUGUCUGGGUUGAUAGAAGUGCAUUGUCUGAGGCUCUUUUCUUACGUCAAGUGGUCUUAAUUUUUUAUUAGUACUAGGAUACGCCAAGGUGGGUCUUUAAGAAGAAAAAGACUGGAUGCUUCGUACGACAAAGAAAUCUAAAUAAUCUAAAUUGAUGCAUGUGAGAAGAUUCUUUUCCCUCCGGAAACCAAAACAAGUCUACUCCAUCUUCUUCCAAUACAGAGAUGGAAUCACACUGGAUGAAGCCGAUGUUCUACGUUGACCCCGCUAAGAUCGCUACCUGCGAGUUUCAUGAGGGAUGCCACAUGGCCGAAGAGGAGGACAACCGUGAUGCUACCGCAGUCAAGACCGAAGACCUGAUCCCGAUCGGAGCCUGCUGCUGCGUCAUCGAUUCCUUGUACUGCACCUUCCCAGCAUGCUUGGGAUGCACUUGCGAUGGUAAUACUUGUGUGUCUUGUUUUGGAGUUGUUGAAUCUAGUAUCGAAUCGUGGUCUGAUUUGUAAGAGACAAAACAUGAGUUAGAUGUAUGUUUGUGAUUGUUGAUUUACCUGAAAAUCUAAUUCUAAAGAAUCUGAAUUAUGAAAAUAGUCUUCCACAUCAACCCUUAAUUACAGGAACCCUGCUGUUCUUGCAAGGCCGCGCUGCCUUCUGCAAGCCGCUUGACUGCAAGGAUGAGGACAAGCGCUGCUGCGCCAUCGCUGAACUGCAAGAGUACUUCUAAUCUGUUUAGAUUUGCGAAUGGAACUUGCCUAAUCUGUUUAGGUUUUCGUAGGUGGAGCUGCUGAUUCUGAAGAUUCUUUAGAACAAUCCGACUGUUGAGGAUAUCAAAAACAUUAGAACAAGAUGAAGCAAAAUGGAGUCCUCAACAAAAUUCUAAUCCAUCCUCUACUAAGUUGUAUUUAAUAAAUUGUUUAAACCCAUGCCAGGUACUGCGUGAUCCCGACUCGUUUCGGUGAAGGAAAGUGCCAGAUCUGCUGCCUCGACCGUCGUUAUGCCAUCCCGUGCACUGACAACGUGCCGUGCCUUGUCAACUCCUGCGGACUCAACUGCAUGUAUUUACUUUACAUGAUUUAGAUUUAGUAGAAGUGAUUUAAUAGCUUUGCGAGUGUGGACGAGGAUGUUCGAGAAAAACUCUGUUUUUAGAUUUAGAACAAACACAAAAUUUUGAUUUCCAGCAAAAUUUGAGGAUGGAUGUUCUCGCGAGUGCAAGUAGAAUGAUCUCCACCUAUUGUUCAUGGAUUUAAUGUGAUAAAAUAUCCUUUCCAUUUCUUUCAAUGACAGGGCCGACUUCGGCUGCAAGAUCGCAUGCUGCAAGACCAUCGGUGAUUUGGUCCCCCGCCUGAAGAAGUAAAGUUUCGACUUCUGAGGAGGACGAAAUAUGAGGAGUUUUAGGUGCAGUUUCAGGGACGAAACGUUACUCCACAGUUUGUUCGAGUCGGCGAGUAGAAAGACUUCUAGUUCGAUAGUAUCUAUUGGAUCAGGGUGAAAUAGAGAUUGAGAACACAAACGAUGAAAUUUCUUCUUUGAGGACAUAUUGCUUUGGUGAAGCAAAAUUUAGAAGAGAUAGAUUCAUUAGAGUCUUGUUCUCAUCCUCUAAUUGAUGCUUCAACCUAUCUAUACAGUAGAGGUCGAUGACGAUGGAAAGGAAUUCCAAAACUCAUGUUGGUGAUGGAUUAGUAGUGUAGCAUUGAAACGACGGUCGCGUUGUUUGGUACUGUACUACAUCGAUCCAUUGGGCUUACUGCUACUAUCUUUCAUGAUGUAAGGAGAAGAUGACAGUACUAUUAUCAGGCUGUACUACAAGGUGAACGUGAUUUCGAUUUUGAUCAUUUACAAUUAUUACAUCAAAUUUUACAGUUUCCGACGCAAAACAACUACAUGAUCGUUUAUGAAAAUGUUAUCAUAUCUUCAGGUUUAAAUAACUACACAUGAUGAGCAUUACUACAGUAUCGUUUUGAAUAUAUUCCAAGAAAUUGAAAUACUGUUAAGGUAGAAGUACGACGGACAGCCUCAACAACAUAUGAGACGGAUGAAUGACAGGAGCCCAAGAUGACACGGCUGUGUGACCACAACGACACUAGGUAGUAUCACCUAAAAGAAUCGUGUGGCGCAUCAUCGCGAGAAGCAUUCUCCACAUCUAGGAUUUUAGAUGGUGACUUGAGAAAGAAAAAUUGGUGUCUCCAUGGUCUAGAGGUUUUGUUUCUAAAUAAAAUGAAUCAUCAUCUAUUGUUGUGGUCUUAAAUAUGAUAAUUAUGAUGUUAUCUAGUUUUAUUAGAAACGCGUGUUGGUGUUUCACAGGACUAGAUUUUUGCACCUGAUAUCUUUCUAUCCUAGGAUUUGAAUCUUAGAUUCUACCAGGGAGUACACCAGUGAACAUCUUCUGAGAGGUCUACUUUCGGAAGAUUACACUAAUGUACUGGAGUAGUUGUUGUAGGUGUCGUGAAUGCGAACCCUGUGCCGAAUGAAUAGGAGGCCCAUUUGGAGCUAACACGCUAUAGACACGAUGAGAACGAAGUACCACGACUCGUAUUGCAAGGGAGGAGGAGCUUAGUGCAAUCACAGAAAAAAAACAGCUUUCCCGUUUCGAAGUCUCUUGAGCUUGCUGUGGCCGUGGAGAAACACGGGGAGCGGAUAAGGGUAGCUAGGUGGG